GCGUCAUUGGAUAAACAAAAUUUUCCUUCCAAAAGUUUUAAUUACAAUUGAAACGUGUAAAAUAAAUUAGUUAAUCGUCUAACUAAAACAUAAAAUUGUGAACUCACAGAAAAAUAAAUAAAGUGCAGAAGAAGAAUCUUAUCUGAUAUUUGUGUAGUUUUUGCCCAAGGUCAAGAGUCAUGAAACCCGGAGGUGCCACGAAACUUGCAGCUAUCAAAAUUGCCGCUUCAGACGACAAAGUGAGAAAAUCUCUGCACACUUUGCAGCCAGCAGCAACAGAUAAAGAAAAUUUAGUCGGUGGUGGAAGAACACUUAGAUCCAGUGUUUCUCUAAAGGAAACAAUUAAAGAAGUAAUUAAGGAUGAAAUGUCUACUAAAGGGAGAAAUGAAGUGAAAAACGAUAGUGGAAAAAUUGAUAAAAGAAAAAAAAUAACACUGAAAGAUAAAGGAAUACAAACAGCACGGGGAAGAAAAAUAAAAAUUGAAGCCGAAGAUUUAAUGUCAGAAGCUGGUCCUAGUGAAAAUUAUUGGGAAGUCAUUGCCGAACGAAGAAGAUUGGCUUUAGAAGAUGCUUUAGAAGAGAAUAAGGAUUUAACGGAACGUUUAGCAAAAAUGGAGGAAGAAUAUCGUCUCUGUCAGGAAAUGUUACACGAGACGCGAGCUCUUGUAGAAGUUUUACAGGAGGUGAUUGGCGAUGAUCGAAACGAUAUAAAUAAUUCACUAGAUGACAGUGUACUAUGACUUGGGAAACCAUAAGAUUUUUAUAUAAUUUGAGUAUUCUAUUUUGUUUAAUAUUAAUUAAAAAUAAGGCUGAAGACUAA